CAACUCGACAUGAACCACGCCAUCAUUCCCAAGUCUUACAAUCCACAUCUGUUCGCUCGGCACUACGAGCUUACUUCGCGCGCCGAGCAUAUCAAGCAUUCCAGUGUUCUCGCUGAACCCGUGCAAGAUGAAGAAACCGACUCCCUGAAACGCAAACUGGACCAGUUGCUUCACGCGACAUGGGAUGAUGUCGCUGGUGAUACUCACCCACGCAAGACCGAAAAACGUAGAAAGACGGAGAUGGACAGGUUGGACGGGCAGGGAGAACUAUGCAGGCAUCCCAGUUGCACAAUUCCGACACGCAGUGACGAGUUUCACACCACAGUGUUCCGCCUGCUGUCUAGUACAAAUGGUCCCCAACUCAUUUCCUUGAAACCGAAGCCACCACCGCCCAUACAGACUCAGGAACCGGAAUGGGAGGACACCGCAAGCAAAGCGGAGGAGAGGAGGCAACGUGCCGAGUCCAUCGCAGUAAAAUACGAUGAUCAGUGGUGCGUGUGGGGACCUACUCAAGAUAAGCUCUGUACCGUUGAAAGGCUCCGUCUGUCUGGUGACCAAUUUCCAGCUUCACUGCCAUCUGUUGGAGUGAUAGAAAAGAGUCCGUCAUCUCCACAUGAGCUCAAAACGACUUGCGUUUCAAUCUUGCCUGCUCAAACCAUUCCUACUAGUGGCACAGCCAUGGCUCGCAGCUCGAGACGCCGACGCCGGUGGAAGGUAGCCCACGAGAGAACAACUCCAGCCUACUGGAAGCCUCCAGCAAGUUUGCGUGGGAAGGGUAUGGGCUACGCAUUGGGGUAUCCGGGAGGUUGGGGUCAUGCCGAUGUUCCCGGGAGAGGGUACAUUCGGGAUACCAUGAAGAAGGGGGUUCAUGCAUAGAUGUUGUAGUGGGUUACUAUCAUUGGGCUGGCGUUGCAAAAUGCUGAAAUCAAAUCGCACUAGAUAACAUGCAAAGUCAGUUUAUUCCGAGGGGACCCUUCAGAUACUACAUCAGUUCCCAGCUUCAAUGUAAGGUAUCUGAUCGAUGAAGUACCAAUCUCUCUGGCGGCUGGUAAUAUACCUUGCGUAUUAAUUUCCUCUCUAUCAGAAGUUUCUCUAUUCAUGAUUGGCAUAACACUCGAUCUGUUCAUGUGAUUCUUAGUGUAGUCCUG